CCAGGUCAUUCUACAGCCUCGGCUCUUGGGGCUUUAACAGACAGUUGGUUACACUGCAUAGAUAAAGGCCUCAUUGUAGGGGCUCUUUUUAUUGAUUUAAGACAAGCUUUUGAUACGGUUAAUCCAGAUAUUUUGUUAAAUAAGUUAAAGAAAAUAGGUUUGAGUAAGUUAUCAUUAGCUUGGUUUGACUCGUAUUUAAAUAAUAGAAAACAAUAUGUUGCUAUAAAUGAUUCUAAAUCAACUGAUCGCUGUAUUUCUGUUGGAGUUCCACAGGGAUCUAUGUUGGGCCCGCUCCUAUUUUUGAUUUAUAUAGAUGAUAUGUCAGAAGUUUUGAAACAUGGAAAAAUUGUAAUGUAUGCCGACGACACGACACUUUAUGCGGAGAAGAAAGGUGUAACUCCAGCUGAGACGGGACUUGUGUUUGGUAUUUUUUCUCUUACCAGUUUUCUUGUGUCUCCUAUUUGUGGCAAAUAUCUGCCGGUCAUUGGAGCUAAAUUCAUGUAUCUGAGUGGAUGUUUUGUUGGAGCUGGCUGCAAUUUAUUAUUUGGGUUUUUGGACGAGAUUCAAGGCAAGACCAUGUUCCUGGCCUACUGUUUCACCAUUCGCAUAGUGGAAGCCUUAGGAUCGUCAGCAGCGAUAACAGCGGGCAUGUCUAUUUGUGCAAACGUCUUCCCCGACAAUAUUGCACAGAUGAGUGGUAUGUUGGAGUUAUUCAGUGGUCUUGGGUUUGCAGCUGGGCCCCUCUUGGCAGUCUAUUGUAUGGAAUAGGUGGUUACAAGCUUCCUUUCCUGGCUCUAGGCUGCACAGCUAUGGUCAUAUCUGUCAUUGAUAUAUUCAUUCUACCAAGUUUACCACCUGCAAGCAGAAAGGAGAAGCCAGGAUCUAUAUUGACAGUGCUUAAGAUACCCGCUGUACUGAUAGUGCUUGCAGCCUGCGUCUGGGGUAGUGCUUGCUUGGGGUUCUCAGACCCAACACUGUCUCUCCAUCUCACCUCUCCUCCAUUAAAUGUCCACCCUUCUAUGGUGGGUGUGAUGUUUCUACUCAUUGGUGGAAUGUAUGCACUCUUCGCACCAAUCUGGGGCUACAUAGCUGAUAAAAAGAAAAUGACCCGUAUCAUGAUGGUUCUAGGCUUCUACAUCAUAGGGAUUUCAUUCAUGCUGAUUGGCCCGAGUCCUCUCCUCGAUCUCCCAGGUAAAUUAUGGAUCAUCAUGAUAUCCCUUGCAUUACUGGGCUUUUCUAUAGGGAUUGGAAUUAUGCCAGCAUUUCUAGAUCUUCUUAUAAGUGCCAAAUGGUAUGGGUUACCUGAGGAUCUUUCAACACAAGCUAUUUUAUCCGGGCUGUUCAAUGGAGCAUUUUCUUUAGGAACUUUCGUGGGUCCAACACUUGGGGGCGCCCUUGUCAACCAACUGGGAUUUGAUUGGUCAUCCACCAUCUUUGCCGGGGGCUGCUUUGUCGUUGUGAUCGUGAUGUCUCUCUUCGGUGUAUGGGAAUACCAGUGUGGGAAGGGGCGAAGGAAACCAAAGCAUAUGAGGACCGAGCCAUACCCUUACUUAGUAGAAGAUGCCAACGUGGUGAUCAGGGCUUGAGCAUGUCUCUUCCUCCUACCUUCAAGACUCAUUACAGUGGAACCUCAUUAUAAUGAUACUAAUAUUUACAUUUAAUUCUACAUUUCUAAGCACUUUACAUUGUAAUUGUUAUUAACCUUGUCACUGGAUGCAAUUGCUAAUCCGCACGUGAUAGUGCGACACUCGGCUCCCUAGGGAGUAUUCCAGCCAAGCGCCAUUUUGCAAUCGCACACAUGCUAGUCAAGGCACUUUAAUGUUCGAGUCGGUACCUAUUUAUCACAAGGUUGGGUUGUGGCCAAUGUAGAUUAAUGUCUUGCCAAAGGACAUUAGUACAACGCUGGAUUGAACUGUGAACCAUGUGAUCCACAGUCCGGAUGACGUAUCCACUAGAUAAAGGAACUUGCUUUGUCGCAUUGGGACCUAGUUAUACCUGGGAUAAAAAACAAUAGACAACAAAGAAGUUAGACUGGCAAAGUCACCUUGUUAUAUUGAGAGUUUGUUGUAUUAGUGUUCAUUAUAGUGAGGUUCCACUGUACCAUGGAGAAAGUAAUUAGCAGCUGACCUAGAGAAGUUGUACAUCUAUACAUAACUAGAGUGAAAAAUUGGCCAGUGACUAAAUAUAGCCUCGUUUAUACAUGACAUUAUAAACCCCCUCGGAAGAAGCUGCUGAGACAAGAUAAGACAUCAUAAGUGCAAUGCACAUUACAAAUAUGUAUACUUAAACACGAUGCUCACAGAGUACACCUUGGGGCCAUUAAUCUGACGUUCACAUAUACUUUAUUUUACCCUCCCCUGCUAUUCACUUACACGUGAAAUAAUUGUGCUUUCCUAUGGCAAGUCUUUUUGGGCAGUUAUAAAGGUCAUGUUUGAAUGAGGAGUUGAUAGUCAUAUUAAAUGGGUGAAAUUUUCAGCGACAAUUACUUGUAAUAUUUGUAAUAUCUGUAAUGUAGUACAUUUAGUACUUGUUGCUGUAGGCAGCUCUUCCAAAGGUGUUAUUUUUUUAUGCAAUGAUCUAUUUAGUAUAUAUCUAUUAUAAUGAAUUUUAUAUGUUUUCCAACUACAAAGCUAUUUUCCAUAGAUGAUAUUCAACGACUUUGCUUGAGGUGUUGAUCUGUCUGCCUUCUUUGAUCAUUGCCACUCUUGAUUCUGAAAGUUUAAAUCAAGAUUUCUAGAAUUCGAUGGGAAGGGGGUUCCUUUGUGAUUGACAACUUAAGAAUGUUAGCAAUAAGUGAUCACAAAUCAGAAAUCUAUUUUAAUCGUGCCUUACAAGAAGCUUUUUGUAUUCAGCUAUAGUUUAUUUAAACAUUUUGAUGAAAUAUUUAUUUCAAAUGCCUCUAAUUUACUAUCUAUUUUUUGAAAAUUUCUAGUGAAAGUCAUUCCAAAAGAGUAUGAGAGUACAUAGAUGUUUACAAUCUCCUAAAAUUUCUGCUAUAAUUGUGAUGUUUGUGUUUUGGGAAAUAAUGGAUAUUCCAUAUACAGUAUUAAUUAUUGAAAUUAAGCAUUGAUUUUUCUUUUCUCAAUGUUGGUCACAUUUUUUAGAACAUUCAGGGAUGUUGUUGUUAUUUAUUUGUACAAUCAUGCAUUGAUAUUAAAAUGGUUUGACUAAUGUCAGGAACUUUCAGUUGAAGUAAGAAAUUAAUAUAUGCUCUUUAAACAAAAAUUAUAUUUGCUGCAUUAAUUUGUAUAUCUCUACAACUUUGAGCUCCUUCAACUACGUGUAAAGUGAUUGUGAAUGUUUGUAUUAGAAUUUUU